AUGUCGUUCCGCCAGCAGGCCUCCGCCACGAAGCCCCCUUACGAAGAGCCGGAUAACUGCUUGCAGCCUUUCCAGAACAUCCCGUCCAACCUUGACAUGGCUUUGAAUGGCGACACAAAUCGAAUUUACCUCGCGCCUAACCCGGCCAAGACGGCCGAUGCAACACUGCUAGAUCCAGAGGCCUUCCCGAGACUCUCUACCAGUACAUUCUCGUCAAUGGGACGACAGCGGAGUGCAUCUCCGUAUCCUCAUGAUACGAUGAGUACUCCGGGUGGAAGCUCACAGACAUGGAAAGACAUCUUCUGCCAUCACUGGGCUCAGAACAAAGGGCUGUUUCUCGUCACCUUUUCCCAGCUGUUUGGGGCCCUCAUGAAUGUCGCCACGAGACUGCUGGAGCUGGAAGGAGAGGGCAUGGAUCCGUUUCAGAUUCUGUUUGCCAGACAGGGCCUCACUGCCAUCUUCUGUACCGCCUGGAUGUGGUAUGGAAAGGUACCCGGUUUUCCUCUUGGAAACAAAGGAACCCGAGGUUUGCUGGUCGUGAGAAGCGUAACGGGGUUCUUUGGGAUCUUCGGGAUAUACUACUCUCUCCAAUACCUACCCGUGGCCGACGCGGUGGUUCUCACUUUCCUGGCUCCCUCAGUAGCAAGCUACGGCUGCCACAUCUUCCUCAAAGAGCCCUUCCCCAGAUCAGCACAAUACGCCUCGCUCAUCUCCCUCCUCGGCGUCGUCCUCAUCGCCCGCCCAACAUCCUUCUUCACCACCUCCGGCGCCGCCGAAACGAUCAGUAUCCGCUCCAACGCGACCGUCUCCACCGAGCCCACGGAUCCAGCCUCCUUCCCAAUCCCGACGUCGGGGCAGCGUCUCUCGGCUGUGGGAGUCGCUAUGAUCGGUGUCCUCGGCUCCGCAGGGGCCUUCACCUCCAUCCGCUGGAUCGGCAGCCGGGCUCACGCCUUGCUCUCCGUCAACUACUUUUCGGUCUACUGCACCAUCAUCUCGGCCCUGGCCCUGUCGCUCUCGCGCCCGCUCCACAUCUCCGAUCUGCACUUCGCUCUCCCCACCGGCGUGCGGCAGUGGAGCAUGCUCAUCUUCCUGGGCAUCUGCGGCUUCAUCAUGCAGUACCUGCUCACUCGUGGCCUGGCGGCCGGAGGACGCGGCAACGGCGCCAGGGCGCAGAACAUGAUCUACACCAACAUGCUGUAUGCCCUAGCCUUGGACAAGCUGGUCUUCGGACAGAGCCCCGGCUGGUGGAGUCUCGCGGGGAGUGGACUCAUUCUGGGGAGUGCGGUAUAUGUUGCUGCCAGGAAGGGAAGCGUUGAAGGUGGUGGCGAUAUCGGGGCUGAUGGGGAGUAUGGCGAGGAGAUGCUCGGAAGGAGUGCAGGUGGGGGUGGGGGAGCGGAAGAGCAGAUGGCUAUGUUAGGCGAUGGGGGGAGCAGGCAGGAGGAGGGAGAAAGUGGAGACUACCAACAGGUAGAAGACGCCACACGACACAGUUGA